AUGACACAUUCAGCAAACCACGCUCUUGUCUUCGGCGGAUCAGGCCUCAUCGGUUGGUCCGUAGUUGACCAGCUCUUGUCUGGGUACCCCGAAAAGAACUCUUUCGCUAAAGUCACAGCAAUAACCAACCGCCCCGUAAACCCAUCAGAAACUCAAUGGCCCGAACCGCCGGGUGGUCGUCCAGAGUUACAUCUCGUGUCCGGAAUCGAUUUGCGUUCACAUACACAGAAUUCGUUAUCACAAGUACUGAAGGACUCAAUACAGGAUAUUGAGAAUGUCACACAUGUUUUUUAUUUCGUUUUCACAUCAAUGGCUGAUGAUACAGAAGAGGUCGAAGUCAAUCGGAAGAUGAUCGAGGUCGCGAUCGACGCACUGAACGUGCUCAGUCCCAAUCUACAGUUCGUCGUCUUCCCCGGUGGUACAAGAGGAUACGGAAUCUACAUCCCAGGUGGCACAUUCCGGCCCCCACUAACCGAGAAUAUGGUCGAUAACUUACCACAAGACUACGCACGGACAUGUGUCUAUCCCGUAUUCCGCCAGGUUCUGAGCAACGCCAGUAGCGGGAAGAAAUGGACGUGGUGUGAGGUUUGUCCGGACACCAUCGUUGGGUUCACCCCCAACGGAUCGCAAUUCAGUCUAGCACUUCACUGGGCCCAAUACUUAUCUCUAUACGCUUACAACCACGGGAUCGGACCCCACACAGGCGGCCUAGAACAGCCAGACCACAAAAUCAAAACCCAAGUAGUAGUACCCUUCCCCGGAGUCGAAGCAGCUUGGAAGGCAAAGAACACUCCAGUAGCUGCAAAAACGAUCGCUCGCUUCUCGAUCUACGCUUCCCUCCACCCCAAGGAAUGUGGUAGUGGCAAUGGACGUGGACAACAAUUGUUCAACAUUGCUGAUCGAGAACGACCAUCGACAUGUGAAGAACUAUGGCCAAAAUUGGCUGCAUGGUUUGGUCUCGUUGGCGUUGGACUACCAUCACCUGCUGAUCAGAUGGCCCCUCGGGAGCUACCUGGAGAGUACAUCGAGAAGUACCAGGACGUGUUCAAGCAAUACGGUCUCGACAAGGCUGCGACAUCAGGUGUUAGCGCUGGAAGGAAACAGUUGGAUAGUGUGGGCACUUGGUUGACUUUUGACAGACACUUGAGCUUGGACAAGUUGAGAGCAUCUGGUUUUGCCGAGGAGCCUGAUCCAACCGAUGCUUGGACCGAGGCUUUCCAGAAGUUCAGAGAGGGUGGGAUGAUCUUGUAA